UAAUAAAGACUGGACCUCUCUUUUUCAAUUCAGACAAAAGGAGAGACGGAUCUGCGGCGGCGGCGCGCACUGAGCCGAGCAUCUGAGCACCUUGGAGACGCCACUGGUUUGAUCAGACGCGCAGGAACGCACCGGCACACCGACACACACACGCCCUCCAGAUCCACCUGAAACCCCCGCGCCGGUUAGUUGUCCUGUUUGAAGGCCGAGGAAAAGGAGACCGAGUCCCGGUUCAUUUGCAGUCAGUACACCGUGUUCCCAUGAUGUCAUACCUGUGGAUUCUGCUAUUAGGAAGCCUGCUGGCUACCAGCGCCAAGGCACAAGAUGAUCCAGCCCCAACGGAGGGGGCUCCUGAGACGGCAGUGGACCCUAAGGAAGCAGCAGUGCCAGAGGAAAACACGGAACCUAAUGCUGACGAGGGACCUGAAAAUGGAGCAGAGGAAAUAUCACCAACAGUGAGUGAUCCUGACCCCACUGCAGCUGAGGAGCAAGUGACCCCUGCAGGUGGAGAUGCAGAGGAGACGACACCUGCAUCUGAGGAUGCAGAAGCAGCACUGCCUGCAGCAACUCCUGCAGCCGAGGACUCAGAAACAGCAGCUCCUGCAGCAACUCCUGCACCCGAGGACGUGGAAGCAACGACUCCUGCAGGUGGGGACGCAGAGGCAGCAGCUCCUGCAGUGACUCCUGCACCCGAUGACGAAGAAGCUGCGACUCCUACAGCUGAGGACGCAGAAGCAGCAGCUCCUGCAGCAACUCCUGCACCCGAGGACGCGGAGGCAACGACUCCUGCAGCCGGGGACGCAGAAGCAACAACUCCUGCAACCGCGGAUGGAGCUACUCCUGCAGCAUCAGACACAGAGGCUGAAGCAGCUACAACAACUCAAGAACCAACAGUUGCUCCAGAGGUUAAGGAUCCAGAGAAAGAGGAGGAACCUACUGCAAGUGUUGAUACCACACCCACUCAGGAGAGCGUGCCUGUUGCUGUAGAAGAAAAACCAACGGAUCCAGCUGCUGAUACAAAACCAGAGGAAAAAGAGGAAAUGACAGUCCCUGUCCCUACAAUUAAAGAAGUUGUUGCGGAGAGGGACAGUGCAGGCUUGAAUAAGGCUGUGCCAGAACAGAGUGGAGUGGACAACCAGCCCCAGCCAGGAAACGGGGGCAGUCCUGGGGCACAUGCUGCUGAGGCCACAGGAGAGGACAAGCCUAAGGACCAAGGCAGCUCUGGCUCCUUAGCAGGCAUCCUGUCUGGAAUUGUUUUGGCUGCUGUGGGAUCAGUCUCUGGAUACUUUGCCUAUCAGAAGAAGAAACUCUGCUUCAGUAAUAGACAGGAAGCGGACCCAGAAGCUGCACGCAAAGCUGAUGCAACUGAGGCUCAGUCAGAUCCCCAGGUCCUUAGCACUCUGCUGAAGUCCUCCUAGACCAGCAAUGAUCACAUGACUGUCUGAACCAACUACAGUCAAGCAAAGUGGCAAUCUCACUGUUAGGCUCUGUCCUAUGUAGAGCUAAAUUACUGUGAGGCCCCAGAGUAGGGCUGUGUGUGUGUGUGUGUGUGUGUGUGUGUGUGUGUGUGUGAGAGAGAGAGAGAGAGAGAGAGCAUAUGUAUGUUCAUCUGUGUGAGUGCAUAUAUGUGGGGGGGAGGAGUUAGAUAAGAAAAAGCAAAUAAAUAUCCUGUAUGUGAAACAUAGGUUUUAUGAUUGUUACAGUAGGAGUUUAUUGAAAUGAUUGGUCAAAUUUUCUACUUUAAACCAAAUCCAAAAACUUUUUUUUUUUUUUUCCAGAGGGGCCAUUAAAGAGAUUAAAUCUCAAAUUAACUAUAACCAUGAAAUGGCUAAUUUAUAGAUAUAUCUUUUUUAUUUUUAUUUGUAUGGCUACCAUAUAGCUAUCUAGUUCUAGUAAUUCAGUGUGACUAUAGUCCAGUGACAGAUGUGGAUGUUGUAGAAGUUCAACUUUGUACUGAAUUCUUACAAGUGGAAUUUUUUUUUCCAUAAUCUGUCAUUGUUUGAGCCAUCCAUAUGAUUUCAAAAUCCACUGGCAACCAUGUCACUUAAAUCAAACAUAUUUUUCAUUUCCAAUACGAUUGCCUGCGGUACAAAUGCAGGGUAGAUGGAUAACAGGGGGCUUCAAUAACUACCACUGUGUUUCCUGGAUUCUGGCGAGGAAUAAUAGUAUAGGGUUAUAAAGCUAGGAUUCUGGGGAUGCUUUUAAAUGGUCCAAACUGUGUUAAGAGGGCCACUGAUGUCACUGUAUGUGUGUGCGUGUUUGUGUGUGUGUGUGUGUGUGUGUGUUUUUUUUUUUUUUUUUUUUUUUUGAUUGGUGAAGGGGCUUAGAUUUAAAUCCUGUUGGGUCACCACCACUUCUCCUCAGAAUGUUCAAUAUAUUAAAUGGAGAUCAGUGAAAUUUAGAAUUAAACACUCAAAAAUCCAAUUGAAAUGCAAUGUACAUAAAAAUUGAUUCAAAACAUAUACAUUUAUUUACCAAUACCCAAUAAUUUCAAAAUUUACUGAGGUGAGUUGAAGUGAAGUCCAGUCCAACCUUGUGAGUCUUUACCUGACAUGAACACAUUCAAAAGAGAUCAUGUAGUAUAGUAUUUGACAUUGUUCUGAUGUAGUAUGUGUCGGUCUAGUUGUGAUGCAGUAAUUUCUUCUCUAGAGUGCCUUUCACUGACACAGCCUGGCUUGACCAAUUUAUAGACACACAGAAGAGAUCUGGAAUAUUAACAGUGAAAACAGGCAAAAUAGAUGAAUGUAUCAAAAAUAUAUAUCGUAGAAUGAAAAUUGAGGAAUGUAUUUACAAAAUGAUUUUAUCAAUUCAUAAAUUAUAAUUUUGGUGGUUGAAAAUCCUGACUUUGAAGUGCUUGUGCAUGUGAAAAUGACAUUAUUGUACAUAAUCGUGACAGCUACAUCAUAUCUGUUCACAGUGGGCCAGUUUGCUGUUUUAUUUCCAGUACUUUUUUGACUGAUAUCGCAUCCCACACUGUUUUAACAGCCUCGGUUAAUUUCAGUGGUAAAAAUCUCCUCAUUGUGUGUCUCUUUAUUUGAGCAAGCCGGUUGCUGUCACAGUGUUUUUGUAUCAUUCAUAUUUCCACCAUUCACCUGUGAUUUUUAUAUGAAUUUAAUGUUUAGCAGUGGUGCCUCAGAGCUGACACAGAUGAUCUUUAGUCAACUUGUUUGCUGUGGUAUUUUGUGAUUAUUAUUGUGAAAUGCCAAAACAGCGCUACUGCAGUUAAAAAAGAAAAAAAAAGCCCAACCCUUUUCUGUUUCCUUUUGCCGCUGUAGCACAAAAAAUAUUAACGUCUGAAUGUCUUUUUGUUGCCUUGCAGUUUUGUACUUGCUCUGCUCCCUUUAAAAAUAGGGUUAUAGAGGUUGCAUAGUGCUGCAGUUCAUGUUAAGUGUGUUACUUGUAAAGCACCAUAUAGCUGCAAUACAGGACAGAGACUGUUUCUAACAGCCUAGCCUCAAGCUGAGAAAUAUUAAUAGUCUGUGAUGUUACAUAUCAGUUAAUUCUACUGUAUGAACUGUGGACUGGACACCGGGUCAAAACUCUGUUUGAAUUGCCUUUUUAUCCUGUAAUCUGUGAUAGAGUUUCUCUUGACACACUGAAUAAAUGGAUAGUGUGUCUGAAAUCUCUUACUACAUCUGUUACAUUGGAGUGAUAAUGCACAAAACACCCACUAAAUAGAACAAGCUUUCAGAAAUAGCCACCGAUGCCUUCCUCCAUUUAAUGCGGUUCUUUGUGCGCUCCCAUGAGUGCAACAGGAAUCUGCAAAAGCACUUGCUGCCCUGCAGUGCACAAUCAGAAACCUUACUGGGAUUGAUUUGAUGUGAAGGAGACUGAAACAACAAUAAAUCUCUUAAAAUGGAACAAGGACUCCUUGUGUUUUAAACAUUAUGGUCCACUCUACAUUUAGUCCCAAGCAGUCAGAUUCCUUGAAAACACAAACUAUUGGAGCAUAGCAUCCAAACCAGAAUGUAAACCAAGGGAAUCGUCAACUUAUUGGGGCCCGAAGUGCACUUCCCAGAUAACGCUAGGGCAUCAGUCAUGGCGCUGACCAGUCCUGCCUUAUACCACCUCUUGAAUAUCCCAGAGAGGAAAAACAAUGUCAUCAUUGGUGAGAGACGGUGAAACAAGCAGAGAUGUUUUGCAGGUGAUUUUAAUAACAAUCUCUAUGGGAGAAGCACUUUCCUAUCCUGUAUACAUCUUGAUUCAUUAAACAUAUUUAGACAAUUCAUUUUUGAUUUAGACUAGUGUAAGACUUCCUUUUUAUUUAAAUAUUCUGUGUUUUUAUUUUGUGUAAGAACUGUCUUCUUCAUUUUUGUCAUCUGGCACUUGUGUUGUUCUUCUGGAAUUGUGCAAAUAAUGUUUGAGGAGUCAAUUAAACGUUUUCGUGGGA